AUGUACAAGAACCACAUCCUGGCAUACAACGACUUUCUCUCCUCAAUCCCCCACAUAAUACGCACAAUACCAUCCCUAAAGAUCAACAACAUACAAAUAACCGUAACAGACGUGCUGUUCGACAGACCGGUACUAGCAGACGACACCAUAACCAAACUGCUGCCCAACGACUGUGUGGAGGGCAUGCGCAGCUACAGGGGACGAAUGCACGUAAAAGUACAUGUAAACGAUGGUAUACGUGGAUGGGACGAGCUCAAAAGUGCCGGCUACUUUCCUGUGAUGGUGGGAUCGAGGCUGUGCCACAACGAGAUAAAUGAGGAGCAGCUCACGAGCUACUAUGAUGAUGUGGGCGAUGGACUGGGCGAGGCGAGGGGCGGAUACUUCGUGAUUGACGGCUUUGAGAAGGUGGUGCGCUUUUUGAUCGUGCCCAAGCGCAACUUUCCGUUUUUGAUACAGCGUGAGUCCUUUAGAGCUAAGAAUGCCAUGUUUACGGCAAAGGCUGUGGAGUACCGCUCGGUGUAUUGUGAAGUGGGCCAUGUGCUUUAUUUCCACCUAAUGACCGACGAGAACGUGAUGAUGCGCUUUACGCUCAAGAGACGCGAGUACAGCGUGCCUGUCAUUCUUGUUCUUAAGGCCCUCAAGGACGUAACAGACAGGCAAAUUCUUGAUUUGCUCGGUGUGGAGGGCCGGUUUAUCCUGGACACGGGCGUAACAACCGCAAAUGCACAGAAAAUGCUCGGUGCUAAGUUUGCAUCCCUUGGCAUUAACGUGCUUGAUGCCAUUCUUCCCCAUCUGCGCACAUAUAGCGAUAAGUUUGAUCUGCUGAUUCUCAUUCUGAGGAGACUCAGAGAUGAGGAGUACGAUGAUAUGGAUGCGCUCAGCUCGCAGGAACUGUUUGGUGUGCGGCAACUGUUCUCGGGGCUGCUCAGGGACAAGCUGGAGGAGGGACUGGAAGUGCUGCGCUACGUACUUACGGAGAGCGAGGGCACAAACGAGGGUAGGAGCAAGAAAAAGGAAAGCGGGAAGAUGCGUGACGAGCUGGCAAAAGCGAAUAACACCCCAAAUGACAGCGGCUCCGGCAGCAAAGUAGUGCUCACAGCAAACGAUGUGCUGAAAAAACUCCGUUUCAACGUGGCCAAGCGUGCUGAGCAUUUCCUUGCAACAGGCAAUCUCAUCCUCAGAACAAACGACCUCCUGCAAACAACCGGGCUGGCAGUGCUGGCAGAGCGUAUAAACACGUACCGCUUCAUAAGUCAUUUUGAGAGCGUCAACAGAGGUGCAUUCUUCGCAAUGCUUAAGACCACGAGUGUACGUGCACUGCGCCCAGAAAGCUUUGGCUUUCUUUGUCCAGUACAUACGCCUGACGGUGCACCGUGCGGGCUAAUCGUGCACAUGGCGAUGGAUGCAAUCGUUGGUCGGGACGAGGAAUUGCGGGUCAAGGGCUGCUUGGUGGGAAGUAGGCGGCUGGUGGUUGAUGGACGGGUUGUGGGAUAUGUUGAUGACCGGUUCAGUGAGUAUUUGAGGAGAAGGAGACGAGCUGAGGGAUUAAAAAUUGAGAUUGUGGACAGGAAAGGCGCUGUUUAUGUGUUCGGUGGUGCUGGACGGCUUAUGAGAAAGGUCCUGGACGGGGGUGUUGAGGUGUAUGUGGGGGUGAUGGAGCAGGUUGAUGCCGUUGUACUGAACGAAUGUGAAAAGGGGGAGAUGGAGAUCAGAGAUUGUGAAAAUAGGAAUGGAGAGUACGGAGCAAAGACCACUCGUAGCAAGGGAAACACUGUCAAUGCGCAUGAUUACAGGUAUAAAAACAAUGAAAACAUGCAUAAACGGGAAUAUAUUAAUGAGAAGAAUCUAAGCUAUAGAAACGGAGCAAACACGCAUGAAUUAGGUCGUAAAGACGAAGAGCAGAGCCAUAAAAAAGGAGAAUAUGUGCAUAAACAGGAUGUUAAGGAUAGCGGACAUAACGAAGCGCUCAAUAGCACGGCCAAUCGCGUAGCGCUCGACCAGCACAAUGCUGCGGCGCACACGUCGCAAUACCUAAAAAUGCCCGUGUACAGAGAACGGCCAAACGCGCGUUUCUUCUCGUACGUUGCCUCAACCAUUCCCUUCUCAGAUUACAACCAGUCUCCGCGUAACAUGUACCAGUGCCAGAUGGCCAAGCAGGCCAUGGCUUAUCCCACGUUUGCGUACGAGAGACGCACGGAUAGCAAAUUCUACGUGCUCAAUAACAUGCAAAGACCGCUGAUUGGUACGUUCUUGAGCGCAUUGCUUGGCACAAACGUGUACAUAGCGGUGCUCUCGUACACAUCGUAUGAUAUGGAAGACGCGAUGGUCAUCAACAAGGGCGCAAUAGAGCGGGGACUGUUUGACGGAUACGUUUACAUAACGAAGGUGGUCGAGCGCACAGACGGUGUGGUACUUCCUGAUGUGGGCGAGUUACUGAUGGACGGCAGCGUGCUUUAUGUGAAGGACGGGGAGAGCGUAAAGUACACAGGGGAAUGUGCACGUGUGCACCGUGUGCGGGUAACGGACACUCUCGCCAUAAUUACGCUGCGCGUGAGAAGGUCACCCCAGAUCGGUGACAAGUUCUGUAGCAGACAUGGACAGAAGGGCGUGCUUAGCUACCGAUACAGAGCUGUUGAUCUGCCGUUCAACGAACAUGGCAUGGUGCCUGAUCUUAUCAUCAAUCCGCAUGCGUUCCCAAGCAGAAUGACGGUCGGUAUGAUGAUGGAGAUGCUUGCAGGUACUGUGGCAGUGGUAAAGGGCGAACGGUACGCGUGCCCGCCCUUCAAGGAGUACGGCCGUGCGCACACACACGAGUACUUCUGCGAGCAGCUGCAAGCGCUGGGUCUGAACUACUACGGAAACGAAACGCUGUACUCCGGUGUGACCGGUCAACCGCUCCAGGCACGCGUGUUCACAGGCAUGUGCUACUACCAGCGACUCAGGCACAUGGUGAGUGAUAAGUGGCAGGUACGCUCCGUAGGACCUGUCCAGGCGCAGACACGACAGCCCAUAAAAGGACGAAAGAAGGGUGGGGGUGUACGUUUCGGUGAGAUGGAACGUGAUGCUCUGAUAGCACACGGCUGCGCGUACCUUCUGUCCGAUCGUCUUAUGGAAUGUUCCGAUAAAACAGCGUUCGAGUACUGCGAGCAGUGCAAAACGUUCCUUUUCGCAAGAAACGGCGAGUGCUUGUGUGGGUGCAAGCGUGUUAAGGUGGUUUAUUUGCCGUACGUUUUUAAGUAUCUGUGCACGGAGCUGUUGGGGAUGAACAUCUUCGUUGAGGUUGAUGUUGGGCUGUAGAGCAAAUCAACGACAAUGCGGCUGCCCAUCGGUGCCUCGAUAGGAUUUGCACCGCGAUUUUAGUAAAUUAUCCUUUGCUGCUAGCUUUAGUCUUGGUACACCGCUAUCAGUGGUAUUUGAUGUGCGGUUUGAUUAACUUUGAUGUGAAGAGACUGUGAGCACUGAAUAUCCUGCGGGAAGGGACCGCGCGAACUGAGUGUUUUAUGAGGAUAAGGCUUGGAAUGGAAUAUACCACGGAGAUAGGGCCUGCCGAUGAAUGUUUAUAAAAAUCAAAUUGAACAGAACCACACGGUCAAACACACACAAUUGCGUUCUUUACGGCUGUGACGCUGUUGCCGUUGGUUCAGAAAUGGUUCGUCAUUGUGAGCACGUUUGUUAACGUAGAAGGAAAUGAAAUGGUUAUUGUUGCCUUAAUGGCACGGAUCUGUACGUUACGAGGAUGUUGUAUUGAUGGAGAAGGAGGAAAUAAAACAUCCAUGGUAGCGUAGCACGAUGCAAUAAAUCAUGUCUUUUCGUGGAAGAAUAAGGAAAUGAAUUGGUUUUAUCAUUCGUUUCUACCGCAGUAGAGCAAAGGUUUUGUGUUGUUACGUCUGUUGGAGGAGUGCACGCGCCAAUGCUGAGCACUUUGUUGGAGCACGAUGCAACGUUUGCACACAUCAGCCGAGCGGUGGGAAUAUCGUGUUCGUAUGGAACGAUCGCACAGAAUGAGCUUUAAAUCCGGAUCAGCAGGUAAAAGCGUGGUGUAUAAGGGCUGUUCUACAGGUAUGCCAGGAUUAUGGGCAGUGUGUAAGUCAUUGGUAGGGACAGUGCUGGUGUAUUUUACCAUGUAAUG